GCACGCAACUCGACUGUCUCCGACGCCCGGAUUCAGAGCAUCCUGUCCAGCGGCAUCGACGACGACGUACAUCGACGACGACGUACAUCCGGACUCAACCUUGCCAUGCACAGCCAACGCACCGCUUUCCUCAAGCGCAAGAGGGUCGCCAGCACCGGGACUGGUACCGGCGGCGCCGCCCGCAAGAUCAAACGACUGGCCCGGACAGGCGCCGCAACGGCUGCCAAACAUGCCCUGUCGCUCGGCCCGCAUCCGUAUGGGAUCAAGCCGAUGGGCAACAUGUUCUUCUCCAACGUCCCGGAGCGGCGGACCCGCGGACUCGGGCACUUUACCGUCCUGCCCGACGAUCUGCUCGUGACCGUCUUCCAGACCUAUUUCGACGGCGAGGCCCUCGGCCGGCUGUGUCAGGCAUCGCCGGCGCUGUAUUGCUUCAUCCACCACGAGGAGAUUUGGCGCUCGCUGGUGGUCCGUGAGUUCAAGGGAAGCUUCCAGUUCCAAACGACGUGGAAGCAGACGUUCAAGUACAUGAAGGCACCCGAGCGUUUCGUUCUCGAGCGACCCAUCUCUUGCGCCGGCAUCUUCUCGGACUACCUAUUUGCGGCCUGGCGGUGCGCUACCGUUCCGCUGGAGGACCUGUGCGGCAUCCAAGUCGACACAAUCGACCACCGCACCAAGCUGACCUACGAGCAGUUCCGCAACGACUAUCUCAUCCCGAACAAGCCCGUUCUCAUCAAAAACGUGGCCUCGCAAUGGCCUGCCUUCCACAAGUGGUCGAACGACUAUAUCCUCAAGCAUUGCGGCGACCGGGUGUUCCGUGCCGAAGCAGUCGACAUCGAGUUCAAAGACUACCUCCAGUACGCCCGCAGCUGCAUGGAAGAAUCGCCGCUCUAUCUGUUCGACAAGAAGUUCGCGGACGAGGGCUCGGCCCUGGCCAAAGACUAUGAAGUGCCCGCGAUCUUCAAGGAAGACUUUUUCGCCUUGCUUGGAGACCAGAGACCGGACUAUCGCUGGUUGAUCAUCGGGCCCAAGCGGUCGGGAAGCACCUUCCAUGUGGACCCCAAUUCGACGAGUGCCUGGAAUGCUGUCAUCAAGGGAGAGAAAAAGUGGAUAUUAUAUCCGCCUGAGCUCCCUCCUCCCGGGGUGAUGCCCAGCGAGGACGGCAGCGAGGUGACAUCCCCUCUGUCACUGACAGAAUGGUUCCUGAACCACUACGAGGAGACCAAAGCAGGACCGUACCGGCCAGUCGAGUGCGUCUGCCGACCUGGCGAGAUUCUGUUUGUACCCUGCGGCUGGUGGCACUGUGUGAUGAACAUGAGCGACUCGAUCGCCAUCACCCAAAACUUUGUGUCCUCCGAGAAUCUGGGACAGGUUCUGGAGUUCCUGAAGGACAGGCGCGAGCAAGUCUCGGGCAGUGCCUUUGGCGAGGGACUCUACGAAAAGUUCACCGAGAAACUGCGCGAGCACCGCCCAGACCUGCUGCGCCAGCACGAAGCGAGACUCGAGCGCUGCAGCAUCGAUGUGUCGAGCGAACCCAAGCCGAGUAAGCCGAGCAAGCCGAGCAAGCCGAGCCUCUGGGACAAGAUGGCACAGGCACCUGCGGAAGAAAGCAUCUCGGCCGGGGGACUGUUUUCGUUUGGAUCUGAGGAAUAGAUGUGGAUAAAUGAACAGCACUGGAUGGCAAUAGACCGGACGUCCAUGGACACCGAGCGAUUCCUGGUGCAGCGACGAUGGCGGUCCGCUGUUUCGCAUCUGGCACAGACCCGGAGCCGGACCCAGAUCGUUGUUGGCAUCAGAGCGAAG